AAACCACCACCGGCCGCAGCCUGUCUACCCAUGCCGCCAUGCGCGAUCGCGCACUUGGCGAAGACGAGGGCGGAGGUCGGGAGGAAUACAUAUACGACCAAGCCACUCCACCACCUCGUCGACACACCUCCUCACCCAUCGAUCCUUGCAUUGGUUCCAAGGCGCCGGCCGGAGGAGGAAGAAGAAGAAGAACAACGACUGCUAGCUCCUCAAGAGGUUAGUGAUGGACGACGUCGCCGGAACGGCGGUGGCGCGGGGACGGCGCGGUGGUGGAGGCGACGAGAGCGAUGGGAGUAGCGGUGGUGUUGAGCUCAGUCUCGGGCUGAGGACCGGGAGUCGUGGUCCGGCGGCGGCAGAGCAGGCGGGGAGGAGCAUGAUGACCAUAUUCUACCACGGCCGGGUCUGCGCCGUCGACGUCACCGAGAUCCAGGCGAGGGCGAUCAUAUCCAUGGCGAGCCACGAGAGCUCAGCUGACCAACUGCAGCGCGGAGACAGCGGCAGCAGCAGCGCCGGCGGCUACCUGAGGCCGGCGGCGGCUAACGUGGCGCCGGCAGCUUCUCCCCGGGCUGUGGCGGCGUCGGUGAUCGACCAAGUUGCCACGGGGCUGUCCAUGAAGCGGUCGCUGCAGCGGUUCCUGCAGAAGCGGAAGGCGAGGACCGCCGCCGCCGUGGCGCCACCCUAUGCCGACGGCCGCCCGGCUCAUCCGAUCAGACACUAAUUAACCUUCUCGUAGGCUGCUAGAUCAGGGGCUGCUUUUUUUCCCGAAAUAAAAAAGUGGAGGGGAAUGCAUCGAUCAUAGUUUUUUCGAUUGGGUUGGAGGUUAUUUGCUUUCGUUAUUUCGUUCUUGACAUACAAAGAUACGGAAGAAAUAUUUUAUGAUCAAAUACAGUGAUCACAUGCGAUUAACAUUACAUUAAGAAUUUAAGAUCCAUGAUGCAUGUAAUUAAUCUGUAAGAUUUUACGGUACACUGCGUGCGCGCGUACAGUGAUCGAUCACUUCAAAUAAACAUACGUCCCCAAAAUUAUAGUAUCAUCGAGCUAGCAUGCGUCCAUGCAUGCAUUAAUUAAUCAUCCUGAGCUGAUGAUGAAUCUUCCAUCGAGGCCGGCGUCGAUACCGACCGGCCGGCGGUGAGCCUCGCGAGCAAGGUAUCUACAAGCGCGACGGCAUGACGCCGAGCUUGUCGGCCUCGGUGAUGACGUGGUUGCGGGUGAUGUCGGAGAGGGAGGUGCAGCCGCUGAGCGCCAUGGUGAGCUCGAACUCAUCCCGCAUCAUCCGCAGCACGUUGGACACCCCAGCCUGGCCCGCCGCCGCCAGCGAGAACACCACCGGCCUCCCGAU